CGCGAUAGAAGCUCCGCCGCUUAACCAAAUACCCUUCCACCCCUAGCGCCUAAGAGAUCACUUACCGUCUCUCUGAACCCUGGUCAAUUCGCCUCGGUCUUACAGGCGCAGCUCGCUGUGUAAAAUAAGCCUGGGCCCUGCCAUCUAGGCGUAAGCACGACAGACGGCUUUGUCUCCCAAGACCCUUUCUUCCAGAACGAGCAGCUACGACUCAGGCUGCACUGCAGCGACACCACCCGAGCUCGCAGCGCCCGCUGCAGUUCUCUUUGGUUCAUUCAUCCCGAUUCUCGCUGUCGCUUUCAUCGAGAAUGGUUGUUGACGACGACAUGUACGGCACUGAAAAGAGCUUUGGGAGAGGAUCGCAAAACUCGGACUACUAUGGCGAGAGCUCAGUGCAUCGAGAUGGGAUAGCCAUGAGGGUGCUGGACAGUUUCAAGAGAGAUCCGAAUUCUUCCAUGCUGCCGAAGGGAGGCUCUGGUGCCGAUGGAACCGUAUACGAUGUCGAACAAGCAGCAGCGAACACAGCGAAUUCACCACUGGCACGGAGACUGAAAGGUCGCCAUUUGCAGAUGAUUGCAAUCGGAGGCUCGAUAGGUACUGGUCUCUUUGUCGGUUCCGGUCAAGCACUAGCCAAUGGUGGGCCAGGUGCGCUAGUCAUAGCGUACUGCUUGGUCGGUAUCAUGCUGUACUGCACUGUUCACGCUCUGGGCGAGAUGGCAGUAUUGUUUCCUGUUGCUGGAUCCUUCUCGGCCUACUCGACUCGCUUCAUCGACCCAGCAUGGGGUUUUGCCAUGGGUUGGAACUACGCCCUGCAAUGGCUCGUCGUAUUACCACUGGAGAUUGUCGCCGCAACAUUCACCAUCGAGUACUGGACUAAAGACGGGGGCGUCAACAACAACGCCUACGUUGCCAUCUUCCUGGUCCUCAUCGUCGUCAUCAACUUGUUUGGUGUCAAAGGCUACGGUGAGGCUGAGUUCGUCUUUGCCAUCAUCAAGAUCACUGCCGUAAUUGGGUUCAUCAUCCUAGGCAUCAUCAUCAACGUUGGUGGUGGACCAGAGGGUAGCUAUAUUGGCGGCAAGUACUGGCGAAAUCCCGGUCCUUUCCAUAACGGCUUCAAGGGUCUUUGCAGCGUCUUCGUCAACGCUGCCUUCGCUUUCUCUGGAACUGAGCUUGUUGGUCUCGCCGCAGCAGAAACCGCUAAUCCUCGCAAAUCACUACCCACUGCCGUGAAGCAGGUCUUCUGGCGAAUCUCCUUGUUCUAUAUCGUCUCGCUCACUAUCGUUGGCCUACUAGUGGCAUACGACGAGCCCCGUCUCCUGCAAAACGAAAACGGCGCGAACGCUGUUGCCUCCCCGUUCGUAAUCGCUAUCCAGAACGCCGGCAUCGAGGGUCUUCCCUCAGUCUUCAAUGCAGUCAUCAUGAUCGCCGUACUCUCUGUCGGCAACUCUUCCAUCUACGGCUCGUCUCGCACUCUUGCCGCCUUAGCAGAGCAACACCAAGCGCCCAAGAUCUUUGCCUACAUCGACCGUCAAGGCCGCCCUCUCGUCUCCAUCGCCUUCGCUUUGGCCAUCGGCCUCCUCGCCUUCCUUGCCGGUGCAGACGACAAGCUCCGAGACGGUGUUUUCAACUGGCUCCUCGCUCUUUCCGCCCUCUCCGCCGUCUUCACAUGGCUAUCAAUCUGCCUGGCGCACAUUCGCUUCCGCAAGGGCUGGCGCGUCCAAGGCCACAGUCUGUCCGAACUCGCAUUCCGCUCGCAACCGGGCCUAAUCGGCUCCUACGUUGGCCUUAUCUUCAACAUACUUGUCCUGAUCGCCCAGUUCUGGGUCGCUUUUGCGCCGUUCGGAUACGGUGAUCUAUCCACCCCAGUCCGUCUGCAGCGCUUCUUCAGCCUGUAUCUCGCGCUACCCGUCACGAUUGCUUUCUACAUCCCGUACAAAUUCUACUACCGCACCUCGGUCGUGCGGUCGCACAACAUGGAUUUGCACACGGGCAUCCGCGAGCUGAACAUCGACGCGCUAAUCGAGGAGGAGCGUGAGGAGAGGAAAAAGUGGCCCAAGUGGAAGAAAGUCUACAAGUACGUUUGCUGAAAGCAGACCGUGCUGAAAACAAAUACGGCCGAAGGUCUGAGUAUAGAACGCUUUGGUGCCGUUAAAUUAACGAUUC